AUGGUCGGAGCAUUCGGCGAUUAUAAAAUCGAACGUCGACGUGUCGAUGUCGUACGUGGUUAUUGUUAUCGUUUUACCCAAUGUAGUUAUCCAUGUGGCCUAUUUAUGCUUACAUUAUCAAUAUUACUCAUAAUAGCUGGCACUAUUCAACUCGUAUUUAUCAUACACUUUGAAGGAUGUACUAAAACAUCGACAUACACUAUUAAAUGUAAUCGUCAAACAAUUAAAGUUCUAGGUAUCACAUUUCUUGUUACCGGUUGUGUUCUGUUAAUAAUUAGUCUUAUAGUGACAAAAUAUUCUCGAUCAGGAGAAGAGAAUAAUGUUAUUCGAACAACAUCCGCAUUGCUACAACAACAACAACAUUUACAAUCAUUAUCAAAUAAAGAACAAAGUAAUAUAAUUGUUUCAAUUCGGUAG